AUGCAAUUUCAAUAUCUCACCACUCUGCUCGCCUUCACAGGCGCAGCCAUGGCUCUCCCCACCGCCAACACGCCCAUUAGGACCUUGACCAAGCGUACGUCCGCCGACAUCCUCCAGACCAUCAUGCCAAAGUCUGCGUCUUGCGAUGGACGGGGCGACGAGUGCCGCACCGCCGCCCAGGCCGCACCAUUCCUGGUCAAGGCCAUGACCGACUACAACAUCGGCACGCAGACGGAGCAGGGGGGCAUUCUGGCUCUCAUAGCCUACGAGUCCGAGCAGAUGCAAUACAAAAAGAACCUCAACAACGCCGCCGCUGGCCAGGGUACCAGCAAUAUGCAGAUGGGCAGCUUUAACGUCCAGUACGCCAGCAGUAUCCCCGCGCUGGCGGCCAAGAGCCCCACCGAGUCGACCGUGCUCGACCUGGUCACCGCCGACGAGUACAACUUCGGCACCGGCCCGUGGUUCUACAGCACCCAGUGCACCAGCGCCCAGAGCGCCGCGAAGAGCGGCUCCGCCGACGACUGGUUCCAGGCGUACAUGAGCUGCGUGGGCGUCUCUACGUCCGCUCAGCCCGACCGCCUGACGUACUGGAACAACGCGAAGACGGCACUGGCGCUUUCUUGA